AAGUUAAUUCGUGAAGGCUAUAAAUAUGCUGAUAGACUUUCAGAUUAUUUAGAAGAUAUUGGAACUAUGUACAUCGGUGAAUUCGCAUUAGACCCCUUAGCCGACUUCUACUAUCUGGCUAUAAUUCCACCUUUAUCUAUCCUAGCUAGUAGAUCGGAUAUUUGUAAAAAGUUUCCUAUUAGUAAUCUAAUACAAACGAAUUAUUCUAGUGAUAACUUGUCUGCAAUAGAAAUAACUUGGGAGCAUGAAGAAACGAAAGCCUGGAGGAAUGAAGUACUCAUGAAAUUCUUCUAUCACCCGAAUUUAGCUCCUUCAAAGUAUAGACCGGGUGCUUUAUGUGAUACAUUUACCAAAACAAAUUCCACAUACCACUUCAUGUCUGCUAUUGCAACCAAGUUUGUUACAGAUCACAAACUCACCAAUGAAAUGAGCCUUGAAGAGCUUAGCCGGUAUGCACCAGAAAUACUUGAGCUCUUGACAACUGGUGUGCCAAAG